AUGUCCGGAACCGACGGUAAGGACGGUACCCGCGUCGACCUGCCCCGCUCAUCCAAACGGUUUGGCCCUGACAGCUCUCACGGCCGCGCCAAUCCCUUUAACGCUAUCUCUCCAAUGUCUGCCGGAGUCGCCUCUCCCUCGACCAAUGCCUCCUCUGCCUUCGGCCUAGGCUCCGGAGCAUUCGCCUCAUUCGGCGCUCCCAAGACUCCAGGUGGUUCGUCAGAUGCGAAGCAUCCCGGCGAGAAGCGCGAUUUCUCGGAACAGGAUGAAGCGGCUCGGAUGAAGGCAUUGAUGCAGGCUUCCGUGCCCGGACCUGGUGAACACCCACUCAAGUCAACCUGGAUUGUCUGGUACCGUCCGCCUACACCUAAGUACUCCGACUAUGAAAAGUCGACAGUGCCGCUUGCCUCGAUAUUCUCGGUAGAGAGCUUCUGGGCCGUAUAUUCGCAUUUGAAGCGGCCGUCGCAGCUACCCACGGUGUCAGAUUACCAUAUUUUCAAGAAGGGUAUUCGACCUGUUUGGGAAGAUGAGGCGAAUAAGCGCGGUGGCAAGUGGAUUGUACGAUUGAAGAAGGGUGUGGCUGAUCGGUACUGGGAAGAUCUAUUGCUGGCAAUGGUGGGUGACCAGUUUGCCGAGGCUGGGGAUGAGGUCUGCGGUGCUGUACUGAGCGUGCGUGGUGGCGAGGAUGUGUUGAGUGUAUGGACCCGGAUUGACGGUGGGCGGAACAUUAAGAUCAGGUAUGUUAUUGAAAUUCCACAUUUGGGUAGUAGUAAUCAUGAAACUAAUCCCCAAUUCCACAGAGAAACGAUCAAGCGUCUGCUCGCUUUCCCGGUCGACACCAACAUUGUCUGGAAGAGCCACGAUGAUAGCAUUGCUCAGCGCUCUGCCAUUGACCAAGCCCGUCAGGAAAAGGCCGCGAAUUCUACCAACCCGGGGACUCAUCUAGUUAACGAGCGCCGGCGCGGUCAUGAUGAUGCAGAGAAGGGUAAGGGGGCACCAGCCUCAUAA